CACCAGGAAGGAAGAGUCUAGGAAGUGGUGAGGAGAUGCCGGUGUACACCUGAGGAAGGAGGAGUCUUGACUUACACUCAUAAUUAAAUGCAGUUAGUGAUGUGUGGCCUCCAUACUGUUUAAUCAAGGCUCAACCUGUCUUAACAGCCGCAACAGGAAGGGUGCGAUUGGAUAAAGCUAGCAGUCCAAGUGAGAAUAGGCAGGUGUAGAAUUUGUCUUUGGAGGGCACUCUUAGACUUAGCAAAAUCUAAAAUUAAGCAACAUAUAACAUGCUUCCUGUUUUUUUAAGUAAUGGUGACAGAUUGUCAUGGACUGUGCAAAAUUGUCCCUAGCAGUUUGGGGAAGUACAUAUUCAGGUUUAAGUUUUAGCGAUUAAAAUUAGUAUUAAUUAUGUUAUCGCCCAUUUUUUUUUUUUAACCGUUCCAGAUUCUUUUAAGCCAAUAUACUAGCUGCUCCCCCACUCUCUGUCUCUGUAAGUGAGCAAACUUUACAGAGAAGUGGCAUAAGCUCCCUGUCGCAGAGAGGGUGUCCUGAAAUGACCUGCUUGGAAUACUAGUUUCUCUUAAGGGUGAAUUUAACAGUAACUCUCUAACAAGUGUUGAGCAAAAUGCUAAGUGGUUGAUUUAUUUAUGUUUUUUCCUUUAUCUGCGAUAUUUGAAUCUAUCCGACUUCUUAUUUGUAAAAGAAGUCCUACCAGGCAUGGCUGUGCACACAGGCUAACUCAGAACUCAUGACCCAGGGAAAGGCUUAGAGGAACAGUGUGUCAUAUUGCUAAGGUCCACAUGGACCUGGUGGCAGAUAUAUUUAAUAUGUGGCUUUUUUUUUCUAUAUACUUUGCAACUGUAGGACGUUUGGAGAGUGUUGUUGACCUUCUAUUUGGCACCAGCCUCUAUAGGAUUUUUGAAAAAAUGAUAUUUGCUUUCUAAAACUCUUUUUGUACACAAUAGUGACAGAUUGUCAUUGACUGAGAAUUAUUCAUUGUAUUGGUUUGGUUUGCAUUUUGUUUUGUGGUGCUGGAGAUUAAACUGUUUAGCUGAACACCACGAGUUCACAAGUUGGUGAACACAAAGCCAGAGCAAACACAGCUAAGACUUGAAAGACUGGAGGAUUUAUUGCCACUACGAGGUAGGGAGGGCAGGGGAUUAUUUUGAAAAUGAUGCUUUCCAGGAACAAAGGGUAGGUUAGAAACUGGUUAGGGAGGCCUGUUCGUAUUCAUAGGGGGCAGAAGAGUUGGGAAGGAUACAUUCCUGCACAUAACCAGGGUGCAGCACAACAGUUUCAACUGAUAGUAAAGCAGAUUUUGGAAGUGUGUUGUGGAGGAAUCUGCCCCCCAAAAGUGCCUGCCUUGCCUGAUCACUGAUGCUUGUGCAUCCUGACCAGGACCUGUGCCACGCCCCACAGUACUGCUGUCAGAAGAUGUUGCCGUGUUUGUUCUUUCACUUGUAGAAGGACGUUUGGAGCGCCAGCUCAGUUUUAGAAUGGCAUCUGUCUCAGCUCUAACGGAGGAGUUGGAAUCCGUAACCAAUGAGCUCCAUGCAAUUGACAUCCAGAUUCAAGAACUCACAGAGAGGCAGCAAGAGCUCGUCCAGAAAAAGGCAGUCCUGACAAAGAAAAUCAAGCAGUGCUUAGAGGGCUCGGACGCCGAGGCGAGCAGUGACUGUGACUCCUCACCAGCUGAGUGGAAUAAAGAAGAUUUCCCGUGGUCUGGAAAGGUUAAAGAUGUACUGCAAAACGUUUUGAAACUGCAGAAGUUCAGACCCCUGCAGCUGGAAACUGUCAAUGUCACCAUGGCUAGAAAGGACAUCUUUCUGGUCAUGCCCACAGGAGGUGGGAAGAGCCUGUGCUACCAGCUGCCGGCACUGUGCUCAGAUGGUUUUACACUUGUGAUUUGCCCACUCAUCUCUCUUAUGGAAGAUCAAUUGAUGGUUUUAAAACAGUUGGGAAUUUCAGCGACUAUGUUGAAUGCUUCUAGCUCUAAGGAGCAUGUGAAAUGGGUUCAUGCUGAAAUGGUGAAUAAAAACUCCCAAUUAAAGCUGGUUUAUGUGACUCCAGAGAAAAUUGCAAAAAGCAAGAUGUUCAUGUCCAGACUAGAGAAAGCGUAUGAAGCUGGAAGACUGACUCGGAUAGCCGUGGAUGAAGUGCAUUGCUGCAGUCAGUGGGGACAUGAUUUCAGGCCUGAUUAUAAGGCACUCGGCAUCUUGAAGCGCCAGUUUCCCAACACCUCGCUGAUUGGGCUGACUGCAACAGCAACUAACCAUGUUUUGAAGGAUGCACAGAAAAUCCUGUGUGUGGAAAAGUGUUUGACUUUUACAGCAUCUUUCAACCGACCAAAUCUUUAUUAUGAGGUUCGGCAAAAGCCCCCAAAUGCUGAAGACUUUAUUGAGGACAUUGUAAAGCUCAUUAAUGGACGAUACAAAGGGCGAUCAGGAAUCAUUUACUGUUUUUCUCAGAAAGACUCUGAACAAGUUACCAUUAGUUUACAAAAACUGGGAAUUCGUGCAGGCACUUACCAUGCCAAUAUGGAACCAGAAGAUAAGACCAGGGUUCAUACACAGUGGUCAGCCAAUGAACUUCAGGUGGUUGUAGCUACAGUUGCAUUUGGCAUGGGAAUUGAUAAGCCAGAUGUGAGGUUUGUCAUCCAUCAUUCAAUGAGCAAAUCCAUGGAGAAUUACUAUCAAGAGAGUGGGCGUGCAGGUCGCGAUGACUCGAGAGCAGACUGCAUUCUGUACUACGGCUUUGGAGACAUAUUCAGGAUCAGCUCGAUGGUGGUCAUGGAGAACGUAGGGCAGCAGAAGUUGUAUGAGAUGGUGUCGUACUGCCAGAAUAUAAGCAAGUGUCGUCGUGUGUUGAUCGCACAACAUUUUGAUGAAGUGUGGAAUGCAGACGCCUGUAACAAAAUGUGUGACAACUGCUGUAAAGACCUUUUGUUGGAGAAGAAGAAUAUAACCCAGCACUGCAGAGACCUGGUCAAGAUUCUGAAGCAGGCAGAGGAACUGAAUGAAAAGCUCACUCCACUGAAGCUGAUGGAUGCUUGGAUGGGGAAGGGAGCCCCCAAGUUGAGAGUGGCUGGUGUCGUCGCCCCGGUCCUUCCCCGAGAAGACCUGGAGAAAAUCAUUGCACAUGCUCUCCUGCAGCAGUAUCUCAAAGAAGACUACAGCUUCACAGCUUACGCUACCAUCUCGUAUCUGAAGGUUGGAUCCAGAGCUAGUCUUCUGAGCAACGAAGCCCAUGCUGUCACUUUGCAGGUGACGAGGUCCACACAGAGCGGCAGCAGGGCUGCAUCAUCUGAGGCUUGCCAUUCGGAACACGCAGAUGCAAAAGGGGAAGAGAAAAGCUCAGGAAACUUCCAGAAGUCUACAAAAAGGCUUCAGCCAUCUGGUUCUAAGAACACAGGAGCCAAGAAAAGAAAACUUGAUGAUGCCUGAGUGUUACCUAAUCUUGCACAAAAUAACUGUUUACGUAUGUUCGUGUCUGGAUCACUUUUAUAGUUAAUUGUUUAAUUUUUGAAACAAUUUUGUAUCUUACACAUAUAAAGCUAUAUUUUCAGAGCUUAUCUGAAGAUGGGCGUAUUCAGGACCAUUUGAAAAUUUGAGAAUUGUAUUUUACUUUUAUGCAAAGUUGCCUAAAUGUAAUAUAUCUGAGAUUAAGUCCAUGUGGACGGUCAUAAACUCAUUUGCCUUGCCAUGACUAGCUGUUGUUUUCUGUGUGACUCUCCUUUAAAGCAACACUAUGCUGACACAGUGUACACACCUUCCCAAGAUGGAGCCAUUUUAAACUAAGUAAUGUAGAUGAUUUUGAAUUAGAAAAGCUGCUGUUAUAAUUUAGAUAUAAACAGUUAGGUCAUCAGUACCAAGUGUAUUAUCAAGAAGAUUCUUCACAGUCUAAGUAAAUCAAGAUAGCAAGCCUCCUGAAACCCUGGCCUUAACUUUGAUGUUCAGGCAAAGAAAGGAUCUGGUACUCGAGUGUUUUUGUGUGAGUCAAGGUUUAUUGUCAACUCUGUAAUUAGGAAUGUUCAUCUGUUAAUUAAUCAAUAAACUAAGUUCAUCCUA